UCCUAAUCCCCAUAGUGGGAGUCGGGGGCAUCCAUGCCUGUGCAGAAGUCUAGGAUUGCACCGCGGUGACUUCACACUCAGCAGCAUGUGCAGCUGAGGCCUCCGGGCAGCAGUCUCCUGCGAGGCAGGCAGCGAGGUCAGCUGGGCAGCCACUGCCUCUACAGCCCAGAUCUGGCCACAGGCAGCUGCUUCCCCAGGAUCCGAGGAAGGGAUGGCUGAACAAGAAGCUAGUGGGCUGCAGGUCUUGCUGCGAACACUUCAGAGCUCCUUGGACAGGGAGUCCAUCCUUACCAUCCUCCAGGUCCUUGGAGACAUGCUUUCUGUUGGCACAGACCGGAGGAUUCACUACAUGAUCAGCAAGGGCGGCAGUGAAGCCCUUCUGCAGACCCUGGUGGACACUGCGAGGACAGCUUCUCCAGACUAUGACAUCCUCCUGCCUCUCUUUCGGCUGCUGGCCAAAGUUGGCCUAAGAGAUAAAAAGUUUGGACAGAAGGCACUGGAAUUGGAAGCACUUGAUGUGACACUGAUUCUGGCCAGGAAAAACCUGUCCCAUAGCCAGAACCUGCUCCACUGUCUCUGGGCUCUACGUGUGUUUGCCUCCAGUGUCACUACGGGAGCCAUGCUGGGAAUUAAUGGAGCGAUGGAACUGCUUUUCAAGGUCAUUACUCCUUAUGCCCGAAAGCGCACCCGAACAAUCAGGGCUGCCACUGAAGUUCUGGCAGCACUGCUGAAAUCCAAGUCCAACAGACGCAGGGCGGUGAACAGAGGCUACAUCACCAUCUUGCUCAGGCUGCACCAGGACUGGCACAGCCACGAUACAGCUAAUGCCUACGUGCUGAUCCGUCAGGGGCUGCUGCUCUGCCUCCAGCACAUCACGAGCCUCCGGUCUGGCAGGGAGGCCUUCCUUGCAGCCCAGGGCAUGGAGAUCCUCUUCAGCACCAUGCAGGUAAGCUGCCUGGAUGACAAGAGCAUGGAGCCCAUCAUCUCUGCUGCGCUUCAGAUCCUGAGGCAAUGCUACCCUAAGAGUCCACUUCCCCUGGCCACAGCCAGCAGCGCUUAUGCCUUCCCGGUCCCUGGGAGCAUCACCUCUGAGCCUCCACAUAUUCUAACUGAAGAGGAUUUUGAAGAUGAUGGUGAUGAAAAGGGGGACAAAGACUCAGAUUCUGAAGAUACGAAAGAGGAGGAUGAUGACUUGGAAACAGACGUGGACAAGCUGAGUGCCAAACCUGGUCCUGACCGACCUGAAGAGGAACUGGUGCAGUAUGAGGCAAUGUGUCUAGAGCUCUCCUGCAGCUUUGAGGAACUGGAGUCCAAAUUUGGAGAUGAUUUGAACUUGACUCAAUAUGUCAAUCAUCACCACAUUCCAACUGCUGCCUCAUCAGAGCAGCAUUGCUUGAAUAAGGACCGAAGCUCCUGGGGCCAAGAAAGAGAAGACACAGUCCAGACUUCCCUUCUGAGCAUGGUGAAGAUGGGGAGGUCCAUGGUGCAUCUAGCCUCCAAAAAAAGGCCUGUAAUGAGCUCACGCCAAAAUGUACAGUCCAACGGUCUUGGGAUAGAUUCUUUUGAAAAAAAACUUUGUGACAUUCAGGCUUCCCUGAAAGAGGAUGCUUGGGAUAUAGAUAUGAUUUCCUGCCCGAGGAUGCAUCCCUCCUUCUCCAAUUCCACUGGGCCAAGAGAAACUGUCGAAGUAAUAGAUAAGCUUCUGGAGACACAUCCCAAGCACAUCCCUUUCCAUGAUCCCUAUCUCUAUAUGUCCAAAGCCAGAAGAACCAAAUCUGUGGUGGACUUCGAGAUGAUGGCAUUUCCCGAUUUCUGGGGACACUGCCCACCUCCCUCUGCCCAGUCCAUGUUGGAACGCAAACAUGGAAUCCAAAGGUUCAAGAUAUUUGAGGAUGUCCGGAGGCUCAUCCAGCCAAGUGAUAUCAUAAAUAAAGUUGUCUACAGUUUAGAUGAGCCUUGGCCUUUGCAAGACACUGCUUCCAAUUGCUUAAGGUUCUUCUCCAAGUUUGAGUCAGGAAAUCUUCGCAAAGCCAUCCAAGUGCGUGAGUUUGAGUAUGACUUGCUGGUCAAUGCUGAUGUGAACAGCGCCCAGCACCAGCAGUGGUUCUACUUUAAGGUGAGCGGUAUGAAGGCCGCCAUUCCUUACCGUUUCAACAUCAUCAACUGUGAGAAGCCCAACAGCCAGUUUAACUACGGGAUGCAGCCAACCCUGUAUUCCGUGAAGGAGGCUCUUCUUGGCAAACCCACCUGGAUACGAACUGGCUAUGAAAUCUGUUAUUACACAAAUCAUUAUCGCCAGAGUGCAGCUGCCACAGGCGGAGAAUCUGCCAAGUGUCAUUACACCCUCACCUUUACCAUCACCUUCCCGCAUGAGGAGGAUGUCUGCUACCUGGCCUACCACUACCCUUACACCUACACAGCCCUCAUGACUCACCUUGACAUCCUGGAAAAAAUUGUCAACCCCAAGCAGGUCUACUUCCGGCGGGAGGUUCUCUGCCAGACGCUGGGAGGGAAUCUGUGUCCAUUGGUGACCAUCACGGCCAUGCCCGAGUCAAACAGUGCUGAUCAUGUAGAACAAUUCCGGCAUCGUCCAUAUCAGGUGAUCACUGCCCGAGUUCAUCCAGGAGAAAGCAAUGCCAGCUGGGUGAUGAAGGGGGCCUUGGAGUUCCUGGUCAGUAGUGACCCUGUGGCUAGGCUCCUGAGGGAGAAUUUCAUUUUCAAGAUCAUCCCCAUGCUCAACCCAGAUGGCGUCAUCAAUGGCAAUCACAGAUGCUCGCUGAGAGGGGAGGAUCUGAACAGACAGUGGAUCUCUCCCAAGGCUCAUCUCCAGCCAACGAUUUACCACACCAAGGGACUUCUCUACUACCUGAGAAGCAUUGGCCGAAGUCCCGUGGUCUUCUGUGAUUUCCAUGGCCACUCCCAAAAGAAGAAUGUCUUCCUUUAUGGUUGUAGCAUCAAAGAGACCUUGUGGCAAGCAGAGUGCCCUGUGGGCACGUCUACUCUCUUGGAAGAUGUCAGCUACAGGACUCUUCCCAAAAUCCUUGAUAAGCUAGCACCGGCAUUCACAAUGAGCAGCUGCAGCUUCCUCGUGGAGAAAUCUCGAGCUGCCACGGCCCGGGUGGUGGUGUGGAGAGAGGUGGGGGUGUCCAGAAGCUACACCAUGGAAAGCAGCUACUGUGGCUGCAACCAGGGCCCUUAUCAGGGUCUGCAGUUUGGUACCAGUGAGCUGGAGGAGAUGGGAGCCAUGUUCUGUUUGGGCCUCCUCAUCUUGGAACUCAAGUCUGUGAGCUGCAGCCACCAGUUCCUGACUCGAGCUGCAAGUCUGCUGAAGGCUGAGGAAGAGGCUCUGGACCACCACCUUCGGCGAUGCAGCAGUACCACCACCCCCACUACAGAACUGGACGAUGAGCCCCCGUGCAUGGAGGAGAUUGAUUACAACACAGACAGCAGCUCAGGCCACAGAUGGAGCUUCUCUGAGCUGGACCGGCAGAUCCAGGAGUGCGCCCUCAGUGAGGAUGAAGGAGCGGAAGAAGAGAAGGGGCCAGGGCAGGAGAGAAACGCCAUCCUAUAUCCCUAAGUUUCAUAGAGAGUUCUAUGUCUCUGACCAUUAGAACAACAGUUAUGAUGCUGCUUCUUCACCAUCAGACACACGCAAUGUACGAGUCGAUGCAGAAAGCCAGCCUAUGUGAGCCCAACAAUCCCUUUUCCAGACUUUGUUCUAGUUUCACUAAGCGUAGAAUCUGGCUACUUCAUAAUUAUAACAUUUGAUGUACACAGUUAGGUGGACUUGGAGCCUAUGCCAGCUGCCAUUGUGGUUAGAAUGUGACCCAAUAGGUAAACUCAAGAUUACCUUGGAUCCUCUCAAGGCUGUUCCAAACUCUUCUCUGUUCCUAUCCUUGAAACUGGAGCAGACUGGAAGUACAGGUGUUGGACUUUCUUCUUUGUUUCUCAGACAGAAUUGAGUGGUUAAAUUGUUUCAUACAUCAGUGUUACCUCCUACUGUUAUCUCCUUACCAUAGCACUGGAGCUGUGCACUGCAAGCCACUGAGACUCUGGGGCUCCUGUCAGGGUCCUCAGGUGCUGGGUGAUUUAACAUGAAAAGCUGUGCUACCAAAGAACUACAAAUAUCAUCCUGGAACUUCUUUAACAGUAUGUAAUUUACAGAUCAGAUAUAGGUAAGGCACUGCACUAGAUUCUAAGAAAUAAGACAUAGUCACUGGUCUUCACAGGUUUUUAAAUCCCAUGUAUUCAGGCCACUAAACAUAAUCCUGGGAGCCAGCAAGACAUACUGGAAAAUUCAUUUGUUUCAGAAUCAGACCAAGUGGUUCAUAUCCUAGAUCUGGCAGUUGCUUGUUACAAGAACUUAGGCAAAUAAUUUAAUCUCCCUAAACUUCAGUUUUCUUAUACAUACAAUGGGGAAGAGCAUAUCUAUAUCAUAAAGUUAUUGUAAAGAUGAAAUGAGCUAUAUAUGAAAGUGUACAGCUUGGCACUUGGUAGGUAAUGAUGCUGGCUUAUUUUCUUCCACAGCACGCACAGAACAUUCUAUAUAAGUAUUCUCACAGUUACAGAAACAUUCUGUGGGAUCACAUGGUUGGGAAAUACUCCCUGUUACUGGAACGGAUCUGGGAAAGAGGUUACAUAGGAGCAGAGAUCAAGAGGUUGAGAUGGCUCAAGACAAGCGAAUGUGGAGAAAAACCUUUCAGCAUGCCAAGGGAGGCAGUGUAGACAUCUGAAUGACGAGGUGUACAGGGCCCCUGCAAAAAAAGAGAAGAGAUAUGGAAGGCAGAUGUGGAAUAGGAGAUAACUAGGAAAGGAUAUGCUAGGUCAAAUGUGGAUUUGUUCUGAGGCCAUGUGCAUUUAGUUUGGAUUAGGUUUAGCUAUGAGAGAUGGAAAAUUCAAAAUAGAAAUAGCUUUUGUAAGGCAUAAGUCUGUUUCUCUUUCAUGUGGAAUUUCAGGUAGAGGAAGGGCAGAGCUGGCAUCAUGGCUGGGUGGUGUCAAAGACCCAGCUUCUGCAGUUUUCUGGUUCUACUGGGUGUCACUUCUACUCUUGAUGUAGUAUGACAGCUGAAGCAUCAGCCUUUGCCUCUGUGUCUCAGACCACAGUAAGAUCACAAAAAGAGGAACAUGUCCCUAUCUUUCAGAAAGCUGUGUACAUAACAUUUCUGCUUAAUCCCACCAGCCACAAAAUGAUCCUAUGACCACAGGUAGCUAGCUGUAAGGGAGGUUGGAAAUGUGGUCUUUAUUUGAGGUGGGCCCAGUUAAAAUUUUGUAGUUUUAAUACUAAGGCAGACAAAUAUAAUGCAUAUUAGGGGAUCACAUGCCUGCCAAAGAGACUUUCCUCAUGUACCAUCCACCACCAAGAGAGUUUUGGAAAAAUUAGAAUAUCCUCAGAGAAACCUUACAGGACACUUCUCUUGACCAGCAGAAAGCCACAGAACAAACUUUCCCAUAGUUUAGCCCCAAGGCAUAGGAGAAUGGCUUGUAGGUUGUGACUGGAGAGUUGAUAUCAUUACUGACAGUAUCUUUCUUUUCCCCCAACUCUUCUGAAUUUCCUUGCUACAGUUCAGAAAUUGCACGUCCAUUCUUUGUAUUAAGGCAGUCAAAUUUCUGUAGCAUAUACAAGUAAUUUGAAGGAAAUAACAAAACACCAAAUUUGAUUGCCAAACUCACGGUAUUCCUUAACUUCUCUCAGAUUCAAUCUCCAUGCUCUUAGAGGAUAGUAUAGUGCUUCUGCUGUUUCUUUGCUUUGAGGAGUCAAGAAGAUAAUAUUGUCUAAAUGUAAAUGCUGAGAAGGACAGGAAUAAUACUAACUAAUAAUCACCACUUAGAACCUCACUCCAAAUUAAUUUAUGGAAUUAGUCUCUAGUCAUCUAGCAUGUUUCCGAGAGAAAGUGACAAAGACAGGUAAAUUUCUAUGUGGCAUGUCCAGGAAAUGCCAGGAACAUGCUGCAUAUUGAUCCAUCUGUGUACGUAAUAUGUGAAGCACCUACUGUGUGUCGUGCACUUUAUUAGGCUCUAUGAAUACAGAGAAAAAUGACUCACUCUGUGCCUUCAAGUUGCUCACAAGUUACAGUAACUUGUGAGAGAUGAGCACAAAACAUUUUAUUUUAAUACAAUGCAUAUGCCAUUGUGGAACUAUGCAGAGGAUAGUACAGAAACACCUAAUGUAAUGGGGGUGGCAGUGGUGGUAAAAGUCAACAGAAAGAUGAUGAUUUAGGUGAUUCUUGAAGGAUGUGCAGGAGUUUUUAAGUGAAAAGGGGAGAAGAGACAUGCUAAGAAGUGGAAAGAGCUUGUGCAAAGGCUGUAUGGUGGGGUUAGAGCUUUAAAUAAAAUGUUCAGUGUGACUAGUUUAAAAGAUGUUUGUAUGUGGGAAAAGGAGGAGAGUGACAAGAGAUGAAAUUGCAAAGAGAGACAGUAAUCAGAACAAGUGACGUUUGACAUGCCUUGAUGAAGGGGUUGUGCUUUGCUCUGAAUGUGAUGGGGGAGAUUUACAGAGUGUUCAGCAGAGGCAUGCCCAGGACUGAUAUCAGCAUCCAUCUAUCAGCACCGCGGCACACUUGUUCAUGGCUGCUUGGUUGGUGCCCUUGCUAUGCUGGUUGUUCAGUAGUUUUGAGGAGUACCCUGGGAUGUUAUGUUAUAUAUUUGAAGAGCAGAAAUUUUGCAUUGAGGUGAGAGAUAAUGAAUGAAGUUUUGGGGCCAAAUUGAAUGUUGGGGGCUUCUGAGAUAGCCAGCUGGAGAGGAUGCCUAAAGACCAGAAGCACAUCAGGAGGCAAAAGUAGAAGGAGAGGGGAACCUAACACCUAGUGCUGUUGGGGACCCAGGUGAAAAUCCUGAGCAACUGAGCCUAGGUGCCAGUCAGCUGAGAAGGAGCUUGCUUGAACAGAACAAGGGAGCAGGGGACAGAACAGAUUUCCCUCCCUUCCUGCUAUGACUGAAGCCUGUCUGUGUCCCACCUCACCAAUCUGCAGUCUGGGGUAGGGGAGAGCUUACUUGGAAGUUAACCCUAGAUAGUUAUAAGAGCUGUUCUUUCAACCCAGUCAGAAAGUCUCUUGCUGCCCAAACCAGUAUGGUGAAUUGUUCCGAAAAUUGUACUAAACUCAGAGCCAAAUAAGAUUACCCAGGAAUUUCAAGGAGUUGAAAUGGGAAGCAGAUGAGGCUCAAAGUGUGCAGAGGGGAUGACAGUCCAGAGAGGUGAUGCUGGGGCCGGGCCACGUGUACAGCUGUCCUGUACCAGCUGUUGUCUUGUACCCUGGGUGUCAGGGCUAGGACUGGGGGGCUGAGGGGUUGUGGGGCCCGCAGCUUCCUGGGGUAGCCUUGUGCACCUUCUGUGAUAGGCAAAGGUAGGGAGUUCUCCUUUUCCACCUCUAGGAUAGUCCUGUUGUUAGUAGAGAAGCACAAGAAUUGCCACCCAUGAGCCCCUAAGUGUGGAAACCGCUGGCUGAUCAUGACACUUCCCUGUGGCAGAAGGCUUUUUGGUUCCACAUUUCCAACACAGGAAAGUCUAGCUUCCUCAACAAAUCCCUUUACAAUCUGGCCCCAACCUCCUUUACAGAUUCAGGUUCUACCAUUAUCGUCUCUUCUAAUGGCCGUGGGACAUAACCUCAUGUUAUGUCAUCACAUGUAUGCAUGCGUGUACACACACACACACACACACACACACACACACACACACACACACACACACACACACACACACACACACCCUUCAUGGGCCACACAGCUCCCUAAAUGUCUUCUUUGAUUUUUCAGGACUUUUCACAUUUUUUCUCUGCCUCUGAUAUGCUUCUUCCAUUACCUCGUUUGAAGGCAUCAAGACCCAAUUCAAAUGUCACCUUUCUUCUGUAAAACUUUCCUAACUACCCCAAGCCGAGUUGUAUAAUCUCUUCUAUGCCUCUAUUGCACUGUUUAUACGUAUCUUUUAUAGUAUGCUUACCAUUUCUAAGUUGAUUUACAUGCUUGUUAUGUCCCUGCUCCACCCCUACCAUCAGAGGGUGAGUUCUAAGAUGCACGGACACGCUAUUACCUUGGCAUCUCUCCCUGCACCGAGCACUCUUCUUGAUACACUGAAGGUGUUAAAGAAUGUGUCUUCCCCCAGCUCAAACCUGACGUUCAAUGUCUAAGUGAAAUGCCACCUAUUUUCCUUAAAUUCCUCCAUUUUCCAUCUCAAAUCACAGUUUGUGUUAUAGGAAGGGAAACUGGUUUUAUUGAAAGGGCAUCUAGCACAAGUACAACCCGGCCCCUCAAGCUGCUGGUUGCCAUGGAAGACUGUUCCCAGUGCAAGGUGAAUUUAAGAAGGAGCAAGUUGGCCUUGUCCUGGCCUGUACUGUGCAAAUGUUUAGAUAGAGUGAUGAGGCUGGUAGGACAGCAUUUUGACAAGUCCCCAGUAUCUGCAGCAUUCAUCCAGGUGCUCUGGGCCCCAUGUUCACUCUAGAGAGAACUGGCUGUGCAGCUCCAUGUGAAUUGUGCCAACUCGGCUGCCUGGGCGCUUCUUGCAAUCCUGUCAGUGAGAAUCGGCAUCCAAGAAUCCCAUCAAUUGGCUCCAGUUUCUUCUGGGUGUCUGGAAAAAGGAUUCAGAGCCACAAAGAACAUUUGAAAAUAACCUGAUCCCUGAGAUACAAGCUCACAUUGAGUGUUGCCAGUGCUAGUAAGGUCACAUUACACCCCUAUGGGGAAGAGAACUUCUCACACACUGCUUCCAUUUAUCAGCCUGGAAAACUGAGCUGGAGUCGAUUUCAUAUUCCAAGGGGAGCCUCUGCCCUCUGCCAAGAGAAGGGGCUUCCAUGUAAUACCUGACAUAAGUCAUUCUUGUUAGAGACUCAGAAAAGUGACCUGCAUGGUGGAUCUGAACAUUGGGAUUAGCAUUAGAAUGAUGGAUUUGCUUUGCGCUGCUGGUAUCACUCGCCCCAGCUGCCCAAAGGCUCCAGUCUUGGAAAGACAUACAGACAGUAGCCUGGUACUCACCGUGAGAGCUUUUUCUGGGCAAAAAUAAUUCAUCAGAUCUGGAGCCUGCUGCAGUCUUCCCAACAGAUAUCCUCUUUUGUUUGUGAUGCAGUUUGGCUUCAUGUGACUGUUUCUUGAUAAAAAGUGUUGUUUAGAAAAAAAGAAAGUGGUAAAAGGGAAUUUUGAGAUAAAAAUGGGUUGUAUUACAGGUUUUCAGUGCCUAAUAAUAAAAAAGAUACAAUGGUAUAUAACUUAAAUUCAUCUAUUACACACACUUCAACACAAUGGAGCUGAAAUUGAGCUGAGUUCCCUACAACACACACACACACACGCACACAAAGUAGGUCCAGGGCUUUAAGCAAGUGAACAAAGAGUGAGGGAAGGUUUAUCAUCAGACACAGGCUAAUAAAGGCAAGGGGUGACUAGGUGAUCUUAGGCCAGAGGUCUUUUGGGUAGAAGGUGAGACUCAGCUUUCAUCAGCACAUGAUAUAAACUGGUCUGCAAGUGUGUGUAUAUUUUGGGCCUAUUUGGGUUACAAAGUAAAAUGGGUUUUGUCCUCCUUGGAAGAGAACACACACUGUGAGGGAAUGACUGAAUUAACCACAUUCAGGUCUUAUGACAAGAUGCCUAACAGAGAAGAGCACUGAACUGUUAAAACGGCUGAAGCAAAUGGAUUAUUCUACAUCAAGAGAUUUUGAUGAUCUUUUACAGUCUCUAAGGCCUUAUGGGGUUAAAUGGUUUCUUGGUAGCAGACAAGUAUUAUGGUCACCGUCUAACAAAGUAAGGAAAUGGAAGCUUGGUUCUUCAGAGCCCUCCAAUUCGGGUGUCCAAUCAUGGCUUGGUCUUUGGAGGUCAGGGUGAGGCCUGGCAUGAGGUUGAUUCUGGACUGGCUGUGGAGCAAAGCGAGGAAGAUGGGGCUGACAACACUGCCAUCCAAGCAUCUGGGGUAUGCAGGUUCAAUGAAUGAAUGUCCUUGGAGAGAAUAAUACCAACCAGGCCUCCCCCACACUGCAGUCUGAACAGCAAGUUAUUUUACAGGAUAUUAGAGGAAAAAUCUGUCUGUGUUCCCAUUGUGCUCAGGCUAUUACAUAGUCACUCAUUUAACUCUCACUAUCUGGGGGAUAAAUAGGCAUUAUUUGUGCUAUUUUCAAAAUGGUGCUGAGCCAUUCUUAAAGGGACACUUUUAGUAAUGGACAGAGCUGGAAUCUGUUUCCAGAGAAAUGUGACUUCCCACUGCUCCUUCUCCUUCCCCAGAGGGGGCCAAAAAUAAAUAGUACCCCAACAGCAGAUGUUAGACCCAACAUGUGCCAAAUACGAACCCUUACUAUACACAAUCGUUUAAGACCCUUGCAUGUGUUAUCACAUUUAAACCUCAUAACCCAACCCUAUGAUGUAAGGCUUCUUGCUAUGCUCAUUUUAUAGGUGAGGAUGUUAGGGCAUAAAGAAGGUGAGAACUUGCUUAAGAUUAUAUGGGUAGUAAACAGUAGGAUUGUGUACUCCUAGGAAAAGCAUCUCUCUUCAAAGACCCCUAAGGGUCUUCUAGAGGUUAUGGAGCAACUCCCUGGGUCUAGGAAGGUUUGCUGUUGUUGCUGUUGUUUUAAAUCCUUGACCCAGAUAUAAAUAACUCAUACUGGACAUCUCUGCAUAACAUCCUGCUUCACCUUAAACUCAAGUUCAAAGUCAAUCUAUUUCUUAUCUCCACUCAUCAAAAUCUCUACCUGCAAGUUCUUAAACUUGAGCAUGUUGAUGGGAAUCUGGAUUGUCUCAUUUCUUUGAGUGUCUGAUGCACAGCCCAAUGUCUGGCCAAGGCAGGCAUCAGAUUCUCACUAAAGGAUGAAUCUGCUUUGCUGAUGGGUCUGACCCUUAGCUCUGGCUUGCGUCUGUCUAUGCUCUUUCUUUUUGGGCCAUUUCUCACCUGGAUUUCAGCACAAUUUUCCUUCCUACUCUUCUCACCUUUGCUCUUGUUUCCUCUCCAACCCUUUCUUCCCUGGGUAUCUAGAUAGUAUUUGGAGUGGAAAUUGGUCCUAUUUCUGCCAUUUACAACCUGUCAGUGACGUCCCAUGGUAUAAGGAUAAAAUGGAAGCAUAACCUGGCAAUGGAGCCCUUCCUGAUCCAGCCACCAUGUAGCUUUCUGGUCUCCUCUCUUAACACAAGCCCCUGCUGAAAUCAUGAAAAAUCACUUUCUGUUUCCAGAAAGCAUUUUACUCUUUUUUUCCCUUGGCUUCCACCCAUUUGUCUAAUUUUAUUUAUAUGUGCUUAAGUGUAUCCUCCUCCAGGAAGUCUUCCAUGGUUUUUGUAGAAACCCUAUCACAGCUUUUGUUGCAUGGCAUUGCCUGUGGACUUUUUUUCUCCCCCCACCAGACUAAUUUCUUGGAGAACAAAGACAAUUUUGUUCACAGCUACAUCCUGAGGGCCUAGCACCAUGCUCAAGAUGUGGUGAGCUUCAUUAAACAUGUGUGGAAUGAUUGAGAUCUUAAUUUCCAUUCCAAGGUCUCCCAAGAAUGACCUCCUAGCCGUUGCCUCAGUAACCUAUUAAACAUGGAUAGCGGAGCUGCAGGAAAAUAGGACAUUCAUGUGUCCGGCAGACUCAGAGCAGCGAGAAAGCAUCCAGGAAAAAUCUCCCUCAGCCCCUUGUCUGCAGUGCCUCCUGGUCUGUAAUUUUCCAGAAGCAGCUUCUUUUUUUUCCUCCAAAUGGCCUGUAGAGGUCAGAAAAGGGCCUUGAUUUCCAAACACGGACUGUCCUCUGCCUCCAUUAGCAUUCACCCUGGGUGUCUAUAAUUAAGCAAGCCUAGGCUGGGCACAUAGGAACGGAAAUGCAUUGACUUUAAUAAAACAGAGUGUAAAACAACUUUA